UGUUGCCGAAUUCACUGCGACGAGAGAGAAGGUCGAGUGAGCAUCAGCGUAAACUUCCUCUCGCAUUUCGGUGGAGAUUUUGAAAGAAGGAGCGAGUUCCCAGUGGCGUUUGGUGGUGGGCAUUAGAUGGGCAUACCAUGGCAUCAGUGAGGAGUCUUGUGAGGAUCCCCUUCGUCGCAAGUAGGAGGUGUCUCUUUACGGGCGCCGCCAACCAGACGAAGGCGGGCGAGGGCAGCGGCGAAGCAGUCCCAGAGAGAAAGAACAAGGGGCGCGUUGCAGCCAAAGUCCCUGCUAGAAUCGAACUCAAGGAAGGGAAGCGGUAUCUCUGGUGUGCCUGUGGCUACAGCAAGAACCAGCCAUUCUGCGACGGAACCCACAUCUGGAGUCGCUGGCGUCUCAAGAUCAAGCAGACGCCCGUGUUCUUCAAGGCGCCGGCGACGAAGACCUACGCCCUUUGCACGUGCAAGCAGACCAACAAGCCGCCUUAUUGCGAUGGGGCGCACAGGCGGAAGGAAGUGCAGGAGGCCGUGAUCGAGUAGCUGCAGAGUCCUGGUUGUGAAGCUCGUCGAAGAGUGUUGGUCUAAUGAAUUCAGCGUUGUUUUAUUGUAUACGAGAUUGCUCACAGUGAUUGUUGGUUUAAUAUGUGAAUAUAUAUUUUUUUCAUGGAGGUAUAUAUGUAUAUAUUUCACCUGGUACUGUAAUAAAAAAUUGUUAAUUGCAAGAAAAGUACUUAAUUUGAUAUAUGUACGUUAUUGGCAGCUACUGAAUUUUGAAAUGAAUUGGUGAUUAUAUUGUAAUUAACGACCUUGUAUAUUACUGUUAGUGAUACAAAAGCGAUUUUAUAUAUUACUGUACGUAUACAAAAGUGAUGAGAAUGGCCUUAACAAAGUCAGUAUUAUGUGGCGUUGUAAAUAUUUUUGCUAGAAAAUAAACAGUUGCACGAAA